AUGUCCCCCGUGCAUGCACAGAACCUGGUGAGCGUGACGGUGGUGCUGGUGCUCGUGUAUAUGGGCGUCAUCGCCACGGAGCCCCUCACGCUGCGACUCAUGACCGUGUGGUUACCAGUCAACCUCAUCUUCGUUGGCAUGCUCGUCACCUCCUUCUUCAGCCUACAGUACAUGCAGGUGGCGAUGGUAACAAUACUAAAGAAUGUGACCAACCUCAUCACAGCGGUGGGCGAGAUGUACCUCUUCCCCUCCUCCGCUCCCCUCCCCCACCUUUCCCUCUUGCAGUCUACAGUACAUGCAGGUGGCGAUGGUGACGAUAUUAAAGAACCUCCUCCCCCCUUUCCUCUCUCACGAGUCAUUAUUGACUUUAGAGGCGCCUCAAGCGCCACUCCUUCAAAGUCAGGGGCUCUCUCUUCCUCAUGGUCCGUACCGCCUCUCUUCCCCCCUUCCUCUCUCACGAGCCCUUAUUGCUCUCUCAUGCCAUGCUCUGCCGCGCCACCGCUGUCACCUCUAACUGUACCCUCUCUAUCCGCUCACCCUGGCAUGCCACAUCCUCACUGCGCCAUGCAGCACGGCUCCACCCUCUGUCGCGCCCCCCCUCAUCCUCUCCUCACCCUGCGCCGCCAGCAUUCCCAAUCCCCUUCCUUCUUCUCCCCCUGCGCCCUGUGCUACCCAUGCCGCCUGUGUGCCUCUUUGCUCCCCAUGUCUCCCGGUGCCACGUGGCAGAUCCUAUCGGCCUUCUGUGGCGGCUUCACGGACCUGGCCUUCCAUCCAGUGGGCUACACGUGGCAGAUCUUCAACUGCUUCUUCACCGCCGCGUACUCGCUAACCCUGGGCAGGGUGAUGGACAGUGCCAAGGCGGCGACCAAGAGCGGGCAGCUGUCGGAGUUCACAAUGGUGCUGCUCAACAAUGCGCUCUCCUUCCCUCUUGCCCGCUUUCCCUUCCCUAUCUUCCCUCUCCCCCCAUCCCCUUGCCAAACAAGCAGCGCAAGUGCGAAAGCUGCGACCAAGAGCGGGCAGCUGUCGGAGUUCACGAUGGUGCUGCUCAACAACGCGCUCUCCUUCCCUCCCGCCAUCCUCCUCAUCAUCGCCUUCAGCGAAACCAAAUACCUCCUGCACUCUCCGCUGAUGCUGAAUGGGGGCUUCUGGGUGGCGGUGACGCUGAGCGGGCUGCUGGGGCUCGCCAUCUCCUUCACGUCCAUGUGGUUCCUGCACCAGACCUCGCCCACCACCUACAGUCUGGUGGGGUCGCUGAACAAGAUCCCACUCUCUCUCUUCGGCAUCAUUCUCUUCAACGCCCCCACCAACCCACCUACCCUCCUGGUGGGGUCGCUGAACAAGAUCCCGCUCUCGCUCUUCGGCAUCAUUCUCUUCAAUGCGCCCACCAACGCUGCCAACAUCUCCUCCAUCCUCUUCGUGCGUCCACACCCCCCCUUCUUCGGUGCGUGCCGCACUUGGCCUGCACCCUAUUUGCUAUCUCCACUGAGCCACUCCCCCUCACGGAGUAAAAAGGCUGGACUACUAGCCACUUCCCGCACGGAGUAA